ACCGGGGAGCGGGCUGGGGGAGCAGCGAAGCCGAAGUCGGCAAGGGUAGCGGGAGGGAGCGGAGCGAGAGGCCGGCGGAACCUGCGGGGCGGAGGCGGCGGUCGCAGCGGCGGAGCUGGGAUCGGGACCAGGAUCAAGUCCUCCACACCAGGGACCAGGCCAGCACCAGGUUGCCACUGCCCCCACUUGGGCCCCACUGCCCUCAGAAAGCAGCUGCUGUGAUCAUGGGCAAUAUCUUUGGAAACCUUCUUAAGAGCCUGAUUGGCAAGAAGGAGAUGCGCAUCCUGAUGGUGGGGCUGGAUGCCGCGGGGAAGACCACCAUCCUGUACAAGCUGAAGCUGGGCGAGAUCGUUACCACCAUCCCUACCAUCGGGUUCAACGUAGAGACGGUGGAGUAUAAGAACAUCAGCUUCACAGUGUGGGAUGUGGGUGGCCAGGACAAGAUUCGGCCCCUCUGGAGACACUACUUCCAGAACACCCAAGGGUUGAUAUUUGUGGUUGACAGCAAUGACCGGGAGCGAGUAAAUGAGGCCCGGGAGGAACUGAUGCGGAUGCUGGCGGAGGAUGAACUCCGGGAUGCUGUGCUCCUUGUCUUUGCAAACAAACAGGAUCUGCCUAAUGCUAUGAAUGCUGCUGAGAUCACGGACAAGCUGGGCCUGCAUUCCCUACGUCACCGCAACUGGUACAUUCAGGCCACCUGUGCCACCAGCGGGGAUGGGCUGUAUGAAGGCCUGGACUGGCUGGCCAAUCAGCUCAAAAACAAGAAGUGAGAGCCAGGCAGCCCUGUCCAAUGACCCCAUCAAUCCCUGCCAUACCUACUGUCUCCCUCCCCCAGCCCCACCCCUGCCUUCCCAUUGCAAGUGUGGCCAGGGCCGUGGGUAUCAUGUCCGCAUGCCCAGCAAGAGCCUCGCCUCCCCUGCCCCCUUCCCUCUCCUUCAAUCCCGCGUCCACUGACAUGAUCAGUCCCCAAUUGCUGUCCUGAUGAUGAAUCAUUCCAAUUUACCGGAUUUAAAACAAAAACAAGGUUGUUAUGGUUUCAUGGGAUGGCCCCCGUCUCUCUCACCCUCUGGGUUUUGGGAGGUAGGGUGGAGUACUCUUUCCGUUUUCUUCGUUUGGCACUGGUUGCUGUGCUCUUGGCAUCUGAGUCCUUUCCCUGUCCCCACAAGCCCCUCACCUCCUCCCUGUCUUCCUUUCCUUCGCCACCCUCUCCCUGCUCUACAUGGGAAUUGCACGGGCCUCUGUGUGUGCGUGCAUGUGUGCGCCUGUAUAUACAUGUAUAGAGAGAUAUAUAUGUGGGGAUGGGGGAAGCAGGGAGGCGAGGGAGUGCAGCUCAGGGUUUGCAGCCAGGACGCUGCCCCCUGGAGCCUGUCACCUGCCCCUCAGGUGUAGGUGAGGUAGAGGGAAGAUGGGAGGCAGGUUUUAGUCAGGCUGGACCACCCCGGCCUCGGGCUGGCUCCUCUGCUCUCUGCAGAGGUUAUAUUUUCCCGGGUAGGACAGAUGCUGGAUUCUUCGCCACCCCAUCUUCCUUGUAGCUCGCUCCCUCUCCUCUGUUUAGGGUGUGUGAGUGUAGGGGGUGACGUUUAUCUCCAGAUGACUCUUCCCAAGGAGAUGCCAUUCUGCCCUGCCCUGCUAGGGGGCAGGAGAGAGGAGGCCACUCCUGUGUCAGCCCAGAGUGUUCCAUGGGUCCUCCCCACCGUUCUUAGCUCAGGAGCUUGAAGGGGACGUGGAGUAGGGAGGGCCUCAGGUGUCCCAUCUUUUUCUCUUUUGCUAGGAGGAGGUGAGUCCAGGGUCAGCCCCGUCCCCACCUCCCAGCCCUGCUGACCUGGAGGGUCAGGUGGUGCACGUGGCCGUUGUGGGAAGCUCUGCUGGCCUUGCUCGGGCUCCCUGCGUGGGCUGCUGAGUGCUGCCAAGUAGGAACGACACAGCAGGCCUCCGUGUGGAGCCCUCUGUUCUCUAGCUCUCUUUUCCAAGUCCAGAAUGUAUUCAAGGAAAAGGGUUUUCGGCUGUUUCCUGGGCAUUAGUCCAUAACUGCUACCCCUUCCACCCAACAGCUUUCCCCUGUCCUUGAUGCAGUUCUCGUAAAUGGAUGGAUCUCGGGCUUGGAGUGCAGGAAGUAGGACCUUAAAGUGGCUGUUGGUGCUGGUGGGCUGUUGGCGCCUUCAGUCAGAGCCUCUGCCUGUUAUUACCUAGUUGUCCAGAAGCUGCUGCUACCACAUCUCUGUCUACAGGAGGCAGGAGGUCUUGACUUGGGCAGUUCUUGUUAAGCUGUGGCUGUUCUGUGGGCUCCUGUGUGUGCUGGCUGCGCCCUGAGCUCUAAGACAGCUGUCUGUAUAACCUUUUUCGCUAAGGUCGGGGCCCAGAGGCCCCCCCCCCCCCCCAGCAAAGCUAAAGGACCCCUUCCCAGAAGGGCUGCCUCAAGCCCCAGGUUUGGGGCCUGGCUGCCUGCCACCUUUUCUACAGCAAGCAGAUCAGUCCCCAGUACCCCCCUCCAGACUGAACUGUGAGAGAGAGGGUCCAGGGUUGUCUCCCUCAGUGCCAGUUACUUAGCAAAGUGUUACCCAAGAUGCAGCAGGUGUAUACAGUUAUCUUGUUGUCCAGGCCUGUGUGUGUGUGUGUGUAGCGUGUGGGAUACUGGGGGGGUUAUUUUAUUUCAAAAUGCUUUCACUCCUCUGACCACACAAAUGCUUUCCUCUAUAUUUUGUCUUUGCCCUAUUUCCUAAGAUAUUUUUUUUAUCCCGUCCCGGUUGCCCCUCCUUCUCAGUGCCUCCCUUUGCCGUCGCAGCGCAUUCAGUGUUGUUGCCUAUUGUUCUUUUCUUCCUUGUUCCCUAUUUAUGCUUCUCCUCCCCUCCCUGUAUCUUCAUGGCCAGUGACGACUUUGCCUUUUCACCUCCUCACGCCCUCUCCAUCCCUCUUUAAUUAGAUGCCUGUCCCAGACACAUUGUCCUUACUUCAGGCCUCACCCCAUGGUGUUUUUGGGGCUCCAGGGACCCACGGAGGGCAAGGGUGUUAGGAAGCAGCCUUGGAGGCUGUCUCAGUUCUGCUCCUGGUCUGUCCAGCAGGAGGCAGUAGUGAUUUGGUGAUGUCCCUUGCCGCCUGGCCCUUGGCACAGGGUGGUCUUUUGUACAUUCCCAUUCACCAGACAGCUCUUUCAGGAUUGGGUUUCAUUCCUUUCUGCCCACUCCCUCUCUCGCUCUCUUCUGAUGGGUUUAGUUUUAUGCUUUCCCCUCAUUCCAGCUUUCUUCUUCCCGGGGACUCCCCCACCCACCCACCCACCCACCCACUUGCCCAAGUUUGUGGUGUUACAGUGGUAACUGCAGUUCUGAACUGGUUUUUCUCUCUUUUUUUUCCUCUUCCUCUGGAAUGUGGACUGUUUGUUUAAUAACUCACGUUCGCUAUCCUUGCUCAAAAUGUGGGAUAACGCGAUGACUGUGACCCUGGUUGGAAAUUAAACUCGUUUUAUGCAGCUUUGGAGCAGGCCUUCCUCCUUGGUGUGCAGCGGCUGUGGGACAGCGGCCCCAUGGUGAGGGCAGUCCUGGUGGUGGUCCUUCUCUCCAGACUUCUGUCUCUGCAG